AUGGCGACCAACAUAACAUACCAUCCCCCGCACCUAACUCGCGCCGAGCGCACCGCCCUCCGCAGACAACAAGGCCUCACAAUCUGGCUCACCGGCCUCUCCGCCUCCGGCAAAUCUACCAUCGCCGUCGAGCUUGAACACCAGCUCCUAACCCAGUACAAUGUCGCCGCCUACCGACUGGACGGCGACAACAUCCGCUUCGGCCUCAACAAGGACCUCGGCUUCAGCGAAGCGGACCGCAACGAGAACAUCCGGCGCAUCGCGGAGGUUGCGAAACUGUUCGCGGACAGCAACACCAUCGCCAUCACCUCGUUUAUCUCGCCCUAUCGCAAGGACCGUGAGUUGGCGCGCCAGCUCCAUGCGGCGGCAAUUCAUGGCGAGGGGGAACAGGAAUCUGGCUUGCCAUUUGUUGAGGUCUAUAUUGAUGUCCCUGUUGAGGUGGCGGAGCAGAGAGAUCCGAAGGGUUUGUAUAAGAAGGCGCGGGAGGGGAUUAUCAAGGAGUUUACCGGGAUCAGUGCACCGUACGAGGCCCCCGAGAAACCUGAGAUUCAUAUUCGGAGUCAUGAGGUUGGGAUUAAGGAGGCGGUUGCGCAGAUUAUUAAGUAUUUGGAGGGAAAGGGCUAUUUGCCUGAAAGAGCCGUGCAUAAUUAG